AAACUCAGCAUUGAAUUCAGUUUUCUUCCACUUCCAAUCAUGAAGAUAACAUUGUCUUCACUUUUGUUGAAUCUCUUCGUCUUCACCACCACAUUCUCACAUCUCUCCACCGCUGCCGUCGACGUAAUCUACGACUCCGCCGGCAACAAGCUCCUGAAGGGGGUCCCCUACUACAUCCUCCCCCUCCUCCGCGGCACCGGUGGCGGACUCACUCUUUCCGGCAGCAUCAAUAACACAUGCCCAUUAUCCGUCACUCAGGAGCCUUUCGAGCUUAGCUAUGGCGUUCCCUUCAUUAUCACCCCCAUUCUUUUCGACGAAGAAUUCAUCCGUGAAUCUUACCCAGUCUCCGUAAACGCCGAUAUCGCCGACCCUUGCCAGGGAUCUAAAAUAUGGAAGGUGACAACCGGAGCAGCAACUGCUAAAACUGUUACCAUCGGCGGGGUGUCGAACACGCCGGAAAGUUGUUUUCAGGUCGUGGAAAAUAAGAUGAUGCCGGGAUUACAAAGCUACCAGAUUCAACAUUGCCCUUUUAAAUGUGGUUUGAACAGUACUACCAGUCGUAGUUGCUAUAACAUCGGCGUUGUCUCAGAUGCCGUCGGCAAGGGAUUUCUUGCUCCGACUGACGUCAUCUUUCCGGUUGUGUUUUCGAACUCGUUUGGCACACCCAUCCAAUCUUCAUAGUGUGUCUGAAUUCUUUAUGCAUAUAUAUUUUGCCAUUCGCAAAAUAUGUUGAGUAUGUAACUUUAUGUAUUAUCAUCAAAUAAAUUGUAUUUUUUUUAA